AUGACAGCCAAGGACGAACCUAACAAUGUGCCCUCUGUGCCUAAGCCGCCUAAGCAUUUGAGUUCAAAGGACAAAGAUACCCAACGACUGGUUGUAGUAUUAUCGGGCGCCUGCUUGGAAACAUAUAAAAUUUCAUCAUCAGGUGGUGACCGGUUUGCCCUUCUCAACUGUGACGAUCACCAGGGUCUACUAAAAAAGCUUAACCGGGAUAUUUCAGACGUCCGUCCAGACAUUACCCAUCAGUGUCUUUUGACGCUGCUGGACUCUCCCAUCAACAAGGCAGGGAAACUCCAGGUUUAUAUUCACACAUCGCGGGGUGUUUUGAUCGAGGUUAACCCUUCUGUUCGCAUUCCUCGCACGUUCAAGCGAUUCAGUGGACUUAUGGUGCAGUUGUUGCAUCAGCUUUCUAUCCGAUCUGUCAAUAGCGAGGAGAAGCUAUUGAAGGUGAUCAAAAACCCAAUCACAGACCACCUGCCGACAAAUUGCCGAAAAGUGACGCUUUCUUUUGACGCACCAGUAAAGAGAGUCCAAGACUACGUCGAGACGCUGGACAAAAACCAAAGUCUUUGUGUUUUUGUCGGUGCAAUUGCCCGCGGUAAGGACGACUUUGCUGAUGCGUAUGUUGAUGAAAAAAUCGGUGUGUCUUCGUACCCCCUAUCGGCAUCUGUGGCUUGUUCGAAGUUUUGCCAUGGCUGCGAGGACGCAUGGAACAUUCUGUAG